UCGCCCUGACGCGGCGCCGAUCCAGCCCCGCGCUUGAGCUAGAUUCGGCGCGGGGACUGGGUGAGGGUCCGGGCUACCUCACCGCGCCUGGUGCCUGUGCCACGCUCGGCUGCCCUGUCACCCCGCUACACUAACUCUGGCUGCUCUGGCGGUUUCGUGCUGCAGGGCCCCGGGCUGUGGCAGGAGGGAAGAUGCUACAGCCCGAGGCCCAGAAGGCCGCGUUCCUGGGCUGCGGGCGUCGCGGAAACUGAAAAUGACCCUUCAGCUAUGCUAGGUCUAUAAUGGGAAGUGUUACAGUUCGAUAUUUCUGUUAUGGGUGCCUUUUUACAUCUGCAACCUGGACAGUUUUGCUUUUUGUUUAUUUCAACUUCAGUGAAGUGACUCAGCCCUUUAAGAAUGUGCCCAUCAAGGGGUCUGGGCCCCAUGGACCAUUUCCCAAAAAAUUUUAUCCUCGUUUUACUCGAGGUCCAAGUCAUAUCUUAGAUCCACAGUUUAAAGCAAACAAGAUUGAUGAUAUGAUAGAUAAUCAAAUUGAAGAUCCAGAAAAAGGCCAGCAGAAAUUCUCUUCCGAAUUGGGUAUGAUUUUCAAUGAACAUGAUCAGGAGUUGAGAGAUUUGGGCUAUCAGAAGCAUGCCUUUAAUAUGCUCAUUAGUAACCGUCUGGGCUACCACAGAGAUGUUCCUGACACGAGGAAUGCAGCAUGCGAAGAGAAGUCUUACCCAACUGAUCUGCCAGUAGCUAGUGUCGUUAUUUGUUUCUACAAUGAAGCCUUUUCUGCCUUGCUCCGAACAGUGCACAGUGUGCUAGACCGAACACCCGCCUACCUACUUCAUGAAAUCAUCCUCGUAGAUGACGACAGUGACUUUGAUGAUUUAAAAGGAGAACUAGAUGAAUAUGUCCAAAAAUACCUCCCUGCAAAAAUUAAAGUAAUCAGAAAUCCAAGGCGAGAGGGGUUGAUUCGUGGAAGAAUGAUUGGAGCAGCCCACGCCACAGGAGAAGUCCUUGUGUUCCUGGACAGCCACUGCGAGGUGAACGUGAUGUGGCUGCAGCCCUUGCUGGCCGCUGUCCGCGGGGACCCACACACAGUGGUAUGCCCGGUGAUCGACAUCAUCAGUGCCGACACACUGGCCUACAGCUCAUCGCCUGUUGUGCGGGGCGGCUUCAACUGGGGGCUGCACUUCAAGUGGGAUCUUGUUCCACUUUCCGAGCUGGGGGGAGCAGACAGCGCCACUGCACCGAUAAAGUCCCCUACAAUGGCUGGAGGACUGUUUGCUAUGAACAGACAGUAUUUCAAUGAGCUUGGACAGUAUGACAGUGGUAUGGAUAUCUGGGGAGGAGAAAAUCUGGAAAUAUCAUUUCGGAUCUGGAUGUGUGGCGGGAAACUCUUUAUCAUCCCUUGCUCAAGAGUAGGACACAUCUUUCGGAAGAGGCGGCCGUAUGGCUCUCCCGAAGGCCAGGACACCAUGACACACAACUCACUGAGGCUGGCACACGUCUGGCUGGAUGAAUACAAGGAACAGUAUUUUUCCUUAAGACCUGAUCUCAAAACCAAAAGCUAUGGCAACAUCAGUGAACGUGUUGAGUUGAGAAAGAAGUUGGGCUGCCAGUCGUUCAAAUGGUAUCUGGAUAACAUUUACCCAGAAAUGCAGAUCCCGGGGCCCAAUGCCAAAGCCCAGCAGCCUAUCUUUGUCAACAGAGGGCCCAAGCGCCCCAGAGUCCUGCAGCGUGGACGGCUCUAUCACUUUCAGACCAACAAGUGUCUGGUGGCCCAGGGCCGCCCAAGCCAGAAGGGAGGCCUUGUUGUGCUCAAGACCUGCAACUAUGGAGACCCAGCUCAGGUCUGGAUUUAUAACGAAGAACAUGAAUUGGUUUUAAAUAACCUCCUCUGUCUAGACAUGUCAGAGACUCGCUCUUCAGACCCACCACGCCUCAUGAAGUGCCACGGGUCAGGAGGAUCACAGCAGUGGACCUUUGGGAAAAAUAACCGGCUAUACCAGGUGUCCGUUGGACAGUGCCUGAAAGUGGUGGAUCCCCUGGGCCAGAAGGGCUCUGUUGCUAUGGCAAUCUGCGAUGGCUCCUCCUCACAGCAGUGGCAUCUAGAAGGUUAGGGGUCCCUGGAUGGAACAGUACCUUGACGGGCAACACAGUACCAUGGGAGCUUUACAAAGAAUGUGCUGGGCAGGAGAAGCCCACACUGCCCCCUGCCUGGGUGGAGACAUCAAUGUCCUUUUUGAGCUGCUGUAGGGAAUUCAUCACUCAGAGGGAAACUAGAAAGUCAUUUGAAUUCUAGAGUUGGGUUUAUACAGGAGGCCAAAGCCAGGAAAUGGACACUUCUAUUCAUAUUUAUUUAUGCUUCUUUUUAGUCCCCUUUACUGAUGGAAUGGUUUUAA